AUGAUAUUACACGCAAAUUCGCAAAACUACAAAUGCUUACACGAGCCGUGGGGCGGUGUCCUGACAUAUGUUGCUGAUGGUCUCGGCGCUCAUGUACGUGACGAUCUUUGUUCUCCAGACAUCACAGUUGUUGAACUCGACGACCUCUUCCUUGUGAAUGCAUACAUCCUUCCACACCAGAGCUCGAGAGAUGGCUGGACCGAUGCGGAUCCAUGGGAUAAGUUUGAGGAGACGAUGGCUACCCUUCAGGCCAGCGAAAAAGCCGUCAUAACGAUGGGUGAUCUCAAUGCACGUAGUGGCAACGCGGGAGGGGCACCGACAAUAGUGAGGUCCAGCCCCGAUAAAGACAAGCCUAUUACACCACAGGGUCACUCUCUCCUACGCCUCUGCAGCGACAUUGGUCUGGAAAUCCUGAACGGCAACAUCACUCUGGGGACUCAAAACGCUGCCUACACAUCGUUCCAACCUCAAGGCAACUCAGUGAUCGACUAUGGCCUCGCUAACCAGACUGCUCUCCCCAGCAUUCGACUCUUCGACGUCUUGCCACCGGACUUGUCCAUCUCGGACCACGCCGCCAUACGCCUCGAAUACAUCUGCCACACCCCCACCCGGUCAACAUCGUCACAACGACUAACACGCUCCCUCCCUCUGCGACAGUCACCACUACGGACCAGGAAGGAGAAGACGCGAGAUGAGGUUCUAGCUCAGCUGCCGACUGAGUCAUUUCUCGAUCGCCUCUUCGUUGACGUACUAUGCUCGAGACUGACUGAUGAGCAAAAGCUUGCCAAGCUGCUUGGAAACACUGUCGUCUCAUCAACCCCCCAACAUAUCUACGUUGAUGGAGCGUGCAAAGGAAAUGGGUCAGGGGGAGCAGCUGCGGGGUCAGGCAUCUACUGGGGUCCUGGCAACCUACGCAACACCGCGUGUCGCACCCCGGGAGAGCAGACAAACAACCGCGCGGAGAUCUAUGCCAUCUACAGAGCACUUCUCAUGGCUCACCCGAUGAAAACGCUCCACAUCUUUUCCAACUCGGUAUACGCAAUGGAGGGCAUAGCCGUCAGGUCGCCGGAAAAUGAAUCCCUCGGCUGGAAGUGCACAAAUGGAGACAUCUUCAAGGAUGUCAUUGCUAUCAUUCAAGCUCGACCAGCUCCAGUGGUACUGAUUCAAGUGAAAGGACAUAGCGGGAACGGCGGGAACGAUGCAGCCGACAUACUGGCUCAGAUGGGGUCGAGCGAGCCUGUGGCCACCGAGCACACCCACACAUGGCCACCUGCUUUCAGAGCCCUUGGCACCAUAACACUGUAUUCGAAUACAAUAGAAGUGUCGCCGUCCCCAAAACUACAGUAUGUCCCGCUACCUCCAAAACCUGCCACACCCGCAGUCUGCACGGACCACACGUCAUCGUUGAACGUUCAUCGAGGCCGGGUGGAACUGCGUCAGAGGCAGCUGGAACAGCGAAUGACAAUUGUGGAGGCCAGCACGGAGGCUGAGAUGUGGCGGGCUACAAGGAGGAUCAUGAACCCAGCUCCCGUGUCAUCGGGAUUCUCAGCGAGUGAUCUGAAGGCUAUAUUCAAGGCCAGAAUGAACCCCAUCUCCCCCAUUCCUCCAACAUUUGAUGCGGAGCGUCUUGAAAUUGAUAGAGAGCUUGCAAAUACCAUCGCAGACAAGACUCGGGACGCCACGGAUGAUCGUAUAUUCGACAGCCCGUUCACGAUCGAGGACAUGGCAGAGGCCAAGCUACGCUUGAAGGAACACCCACCAACCAGUGCAAAGGGUUAUGACGAGCAAACAUAUGCGGACGUGUGUGCUCUGGAAAACGAUCAGCUUUGCAACCUCGUUAAUCGCUGCAUCACAGAGACAGAUACACCGUCAGUCUGGCUGCGCACAAUACUCAUAGGCAUUCUCAAAGGAGGCAAGCCUAAGUCGGACCCAAACAGUUACUGCACAAUCGGACUAGAGAGCUGUUUCUUGAAGCUGACGACUCUGCUCAUCCAUAAGCGCCUUACAAAAUGGUGCAAGAGCAGAGACCUACUACCAGCCUCACAGAACGCUUUCCGCGAGGGCUUCCGAACUAACGAUAACAUGUUCAUUCUACGAUGUGCAAUUGAACGAGCACGCCAUCAAAACCGCCCACUAUAUGUUGUCUUCGCUGACCUCAGUAAUGCCUUCCCAUCAACGGAGCAGACUACGCUGUGGUUGAAAAUGCGAAAGGCGGGAGCGGGAGGAGCAAUAUUCGACUUUCUCCGAAUGCUUUACAGGCGGAUGGUGUAUAUCGUUCGACAUGAGAAUGAAAUGUCAGAUGUUUUUCGUGCUUUGCUUGGUAUUCUGAUUGGGGACACCUCUUCUCCGAUCCUCUGGAUAAUCUACCUCUCAGACUUCUGCAUGGUCUCGGAUGCCACAAUGGACAUCCUCCUUGCUGGGGUGUUCAUCACAAAUCUUGAGCAGGCGGACGAUGUCGCAUUGCUAUCGAUGACUCCCGUGGGAAUGCAACGGAAGAUGUCUGCGUUGUGGAAAUGGUGCCGGACAAACUUCAUGAUCCUGAACGCUAUCAAGUCGUAUGCAAUGAUCUUUGGCACCAUCCCUAAACAACUCCCGAGGCUAUUCUUUGGACCUGACAUUGUGGCCUUUGUCGAAGCAACAAAAUAUGUUGGCUUGAACAUCCGGUCAACACACAGGCAUAUAUUUGCCGAUCACUAUCUCAAAAAGGCGAGCAAGGGGAGAGCUAUUGCUGGUACAGUCCUAGGACUCCAAGCUGUCAUCGGGUCUCUGCCAGUGUGGGAUGCACGUAAACUGUACAUGGCGCUAAUAGACCCGCAUCUGACCCAUGGCUGUGAGAUCUCACUGGACACUGACUUGAACCUGCUAAAGGAACUCGAGGACGUUCAACAUGAGUUCCUACGGCGGGUUCUGGGCCUUGGCAAACGCUCGAUGCUUAGCCCACUCUUCACCGAAACAGGGAUCAUGCCUAUCCGGUAUCGACGCCCAAUCUUGGCACUGUCAUAUCUCAAGUAUCUGAUUGGAAUUGAUGAUGACACCAGGCUGGUGGUUGCUGCAUGCAGAGACUCGAUGGCACUGGAUGCGACCGGGGCUGACUCAUGGAUGCGGGACUUGAGAGCUGUAUUCCAAAGUCUACCAUUCGAGUGCCCGCUUCCUCCACUCCCCUUGCUCACAACUGCGGCCAUCGAUGAUCUCAUCAAGAAGCUGAAGGCUGCCGUGGGUGAAUAUCUACAACUGGAUAUUGAUCGAUGGGAUAAUCCGAAGCUCUACCUCCUGAGGGGACGCCUAGAGCCGGAUACCAAAGGACGACUGGUGCAGAAACCUAUGCACUUCCGUCAUUACCUGUCUGUUACCAAUCCAGACCACCGGAAAACCCUCACCCGGCUACUCCUCUCCAGCCAUUCACUAGCGAUCGAGAGACUCAGAUGGACAGAUGCCCGCCAGCCUCGGAUUGAUCCGAGUGAGCGAAAGUGCAGACUAUGCCACAACGCCCCGGAAACGCCGGAACAUGUCUUGCUCAUAUGCGACGGAGACGUCAGUCUCAUCCAACUGCGCAACACCCUUAUGACCAAGUUCAAACUCGACGUUCCCACUAUGCCGCCACUUGAGUCAAUGCCAGAAAUAGAAUUUCUCAGGCGUACACCCCAGGGACCUCCAGUUAUUAUGUAA